AUGGCCACCGAGGCAUCGUUCACGAUAGAGCGUCAUGUCAAAUACUACCUCCGCUGCCUAAAGACCUUCCUCCCUUCCGCAUACACCUCCAAUGACUCCAAUCGAAUGCUCCUGGCCUACCUGACGCUCUCCGGUCUCGACGUUCUGGGGGUCCUCAAUAUCAAAACUACACGGGAAGAGCGCGCAGGAUACAUCAACUGGCUAUAUCACUGUCAAGUUCCGACGGGCGGCUUCCGCGGUUUCCCAGGAACCGACUUCGGGCCUGGCAGGCGGAACAAGGAUAACGAAGCUUGGGACCCUGCGAAUGUCCCUGCGACGUUCUUCGCGCUGGUCAAUCUGCUGAUACUUGGUGAUGACUUGUCGCGUGUCAGACGGAAGGAAUGUCUGGAGUGGCUCCCCACUGUUCAGCGAGAAGAUGGGAGCUUCGGAGAGCUUGUUGGACCCGAUGGGAGCUUGGGCGGUGCUGGGGAUCUGAGAUACUGCUGCUGUGCGGCGGGUAUCCGGUAUAUCCUGCGUGGUAACGGUAGCGAGCUUGAAGGCGUUCCUGAUAUCGAUGUUGAGGGGUUGGUUUCUUUUAUUGAGGCUUGUCAGACUUAUGAUGGCGGUAUGGCAGAGUCUCCAUUCUGUGAAUCGCAUAGUGGACAUACUUAUUGCGCUAUUGGUGCUUUGGACUUCCUUCGGCGGUCCUCGCCAGACUCAGUUACCGUGCCACUUCUGUCAGCCGGCUCGCGGCAAUUCGAGGCGCUGACUACAUGGCUCGCUUCAAGACAGACAGCUGAGAUUGAAGAACCUGAGGAUGAAGAGGAUGAACAGCCCCAGAACUUUGACGGCAAUAUGGCUGAAAGAGUUCACGGACUGCCCAAUAUCGCGCGUCUCGAGGCGGACGAAAUAACAUGUGCUGGGUUUAAUGGCCGGUGCAAUAAAUAUGCAGACACUUGCUAUUCGUUCUGGAACGGGGCGACGCUGGUCAUGCUGAACCAGUACGGCGUGGUCGAUGAGACUCGCAAUCGACGAUACCUACUGGAGAAGACGCAACACCUCGUGGGUGGAUUUGGGAAAGGACCGGGAGACCCUCCAGAUCUCCUCCAUUCAUACUUCGGGAUGGUGUCCUUGGCUUUCCAGGGCGAGCCGGGGCUGAACGCUGUCGAUCCCACGAUGGGUACUACUGAACGAACAGUGCAACAUCUUAAGUCGCUGCCUUGGCAGUGA